ACAGGCUGUCUCGCUCAGGAAAUGAGCCCCCUAAACCUGCCGCAGCCCCAGGAUUGUGAGCGCCCGAAUGGACGAACCGGCGGCACCAGGGCUUGCUGCAGCUGCACAAGCAGAGGCUACCUAUCAGCCGGUGGUACGUGCUCGGUCCGAUUGCGUUUACACCAGCUGCUACUGUGAGGAGAAUGUAUGGAAGCUUUGUGAACACAUUCGUAGCCAGAAUCAGUACCCAUUAGAGGAAUUCUAUGCUGUUUUCAUUUCCAACGAUAGAAGGAUGGUACCCCUUUGGAAACAACAGGCUGGAUGUGGAGAACAACCUGUGAUUUGGGAUUACCAUGUAAUUUUGCUUCACGUGUCAAGUGGAGGCCAGAACUUCAUUUAUGACCUUGAUACUGUGCUCUCUUUCCCCUGCCCCUUUGAUACUUACAUUGAAGAGGCUUUUAAGUCAGACAGCAUUAUUAAUCCUGGAUUUCGAAGAAAAGUCAGAUUGAUCCGAGCCGAUGUGUAUCUGAAGACUUUUGCUUCUGACCGAUCCCAUAUGAAAGACACCCGUGGGAACUGGUUGAAAGAGCCUCCUCGCUACCCAUGCAUUGAAACAGCUGACUUCAAGAUGAACUUGGAUGACUUCAUCAGUAUGAACCCAGAAGUUGGAUGGGGCUCCGUCUUCCCACUUCCUGAGUUUGUCCAGGCGUUCAGCAAUCAGAAUUGAUUUUAGUUUCCGAUGGAGGACAGUGAAGUACCUAAAGCCGAGGGAUCUCUUUAAUGACGUUUGACAUUCUAUUUAUUGAUUCAUAUGUUUGAGGCUGGAAUAACAUUAUUGAUGUGUUUGGGAAAGUAAAAGGGGUGUCAAUAAUGAAAUAAAACUUGUAUAUAUGUUGCUUUUGGA